AGCCGCCGCCGCAGUUCGCUGUGCCACAUGGACCCGGCCGGCCCGAGCGCGCCCCGCCGCUGACCUCGCGCCCGGCCCUGGGAAGGAAGAGGACUCCUGGCUACACUUGAAUGUGAAUUCUGACCCUUGGAGAAGUCACUGAGGAGUCCAAGCCAUCGUCAUGGAGUUCGUGAUGAAACAGGCCCUGGGAGGGGCCACCAAGGACAUGGGGAAGAUGCUCGGGGGUGAUGAGGAGAAGGACCCAGAUGCGGCCAAGAAGGAGGAGGAGCGCCAGGAGGCCCUGCGCCAGGAGGAGGAGGAGCGCAAAGCCAAGUACGCCAAGAUGGAGGCGGAGCGAGAGGUCAUGCGGCAGGGCAUCCGCGACAAGUACGGCAUCAAGAAGAAGGAGGAGCGUGAGGCGGAGGCCCAGGCAGCCAUGGAGGCCAACUCGGAAGGCAGCCUGACGCGGCCCAAGAAGGCCAUCCCGCCGGGCUGCGGGGACGAGCCGGAGGAGGAGGAUGAGAGCAUCCUGGACACGGUGAUCAAGUACCUGCCCGGGCCGCUGCAGGACAUAUUCAAGAAGUAACGCGGCACCGCAGUCGCGGGACCCCGGAGCCCCCGCCCCCGCCCGCCCCAUAAGACCCUCCGCGGAGACCCCGAAGGGAUGUCGGGAGCCCAGUGCAGCCCCCACGCAAAUAUAAGCCAUAGCCCUCGGUCUGUCCUUCACGCGCCCCCCACGCCUCGGGAACCUCCGCCUACCCCUCCCGCACCACCGCCACCCCCACCGGGCCCGGGGCGCCCGACGCUCGGACCCCUGCAGCCGCCGCGGCCCGGGAUCGGCCCAGUGCUCCUCUGCCCUCGGGGCUUGGGGCGCCCACGCCCAGGACGCCCCUUCCUGCUCUGGCCGUUCACCGC